UCAAUAUUUUAUUGUUUAUCAAAACAUACUACUUGUUACUGUAGAUCGAAAUUCAAACAAUUUUAAACAUCUAACAUAACAUAGAAUACCGUAGUCACAUCGAGCACUGACGACAGUACCGAAUCCUAACGCAUUAAUCAGAAGAAUAGAAUUGUUUUAUCGUUGGUUGCUAUCGUUUUUUCAUAGGUACCUAUCAGUCAUUGACUGCUCUCUUGGACAGCCAAUUGACUCAUUAAUUUAAUAUUGAAUACUAACAUAAUAACUGCUUUAAAAUCGGCGUAUUGUCACUGUGAAACAAAAUAUUUAAACCUACUUGUACAAACACGUUCUUGUUUAGUAGUGUUGACUGUUGACGUAUUUUGAAAAAAACUGUGACGCCUAGUCAUCAUCUAAACAAUAGUGAAUCAAUAAAAGAAUUAUUUCUCGUCAUGUCAGCAGACGAAGUGGAAUCUGAAAUCCAUUUCAUGAAAACUUAUAGCAUAUUGAAAUGGGACGAACUAAUAAAGCUAAACAAUGAUCGUAAAUUACUUAGCCAAAAAAUUUUGCUUGGAUUUUCUACUAUAGAAGAAUUGUUGAAACAAAUAAAAAUUGAAUUAAAUAUACUAGAUACAUGUCAACUUAAAAUUGAUCAAGAAAUGAAAGAAAAUGACUCUGAGUAUAUUAACACAGAAAUACUUACUAUUUUAUCAAAUCGUAUCAAUGAUAUGUACAACAAUAUGUUUUUACUGUUUCCUGUUGAAAAAAACUCAUUAUUAGAAUAUAUUGAGUUUUGCUCAAAUAAUACAUUAUUUAUUACUAAAUGUAGUAAUAUGUUGAGUACACUCAUGUUGAAAUACCAUAGUGAUCCUGAAGUAUACAUAACUGCAGCAACAUAUGAAUUUGAUGAACGAAAUGAUGUUGAAUUAGCUAGACAAUAUUUUGCAAAAGGAUUAGAACAUCAUAAAAAUUGUAAAAGUUUAUAUGUAGAAGAGUUCUGGGUAGAAGUACAGCAUUUAGAAAAGACUGCAGAUGCUUCUCUUUCAAUUGCCAUGGGAAAAUAUAAAAACCUCAUUAAACAGUUUGAAGGUGAUAUCGAAUUUCAUUUUAUAUUAUUGGACAGAGCAAUAAAAUUAAGUGCAGUUGGAGAACUACAAUGCAAUAUUGUCAGAGAUAUGGUUAAUAAGUACAGGCAUAGUGAACUGAUGUGGCAAAAACUAGCUAAAAUUCAUUUUGAUGGGUUUAUCUAUCAUCAAGAAACUGAGCAAUUAUACUAUGAUAAAAAUUAUACUAAUAGUAUUAGAAACUGCAUUACAACUUAUGAAGAUGGAUUGAAAGAAAAUUUACCAUUAAAAAAUAAACAUAAACUAUGGAACUUUUAUAUUGGUAAUAUUAUAGAAAUUCGGAAAUCAUAUCGCAUGAAAAAAGAAACAAUAAGAAAUUUUAUGAAUGAAACAAUGGAACGAGCCUUUCAAGAAGCACACUAUAACAAGGCAUUAAGUAAAGCUGAACAUUAUAUUUAUUGGGCUAAAAACACUAGUAAAGACUGUCAAAAGAUUCUGAGAAAAGCAGUUGAAGUGGUAGAAGAUAGUGUAGAACUCUGGAUUCAUUUAAUAUCAUAUUAUUUGAGAUAUGACAGUCUUGACAUGGGUAUUGACGCUUUCCAAGCCGGUGUUCGAGCCUUAACAAAUAAAUCGAUGCCUUUAUGGGAAAUUUUAAUUUUAUACUUGGGAAACACUCAUCCAAAAUUGCUCCAACAACUAUAUCACGAAGGCUCGUAUUUUCCAUUCCCAGAGAUUAAUUUUAAAAUUAGAUCUGAAUAUUUGGAAUGGAGCGUAGUUCAUAAUGGAAUACUUUCAACUCGUGAAUUGUUCAUUGAACUUAAAGACAUAAAGCCAGAAUGUAAACAAUUGUAUACAACUAUGAUUUCAUUUGAGCUCACUCAAAACUCAGGAAUUUUUAAAUUGAAAACUAUUAGAAAAUUGUAUAAUGAUUUAUGCAAUGCUUUUGGCCAAACAGACAUUAAAGUAUGGUCUGAUUGCAUUCGUUUCGAAUAUAUGCAUGGUUCUUGUAAAUUAGUAAAAGAAAUUUAUAAGGCAUCAUUACUGUGUUUAAAACCAAGUUUGAGAAAUGGUAUGACAAAAGAAUUUGAGGUUCUUAAAGAAGAAUUUGUGGAGGACGAUCCUAAAGAUGAAGGAGUUAUUGUUAUUGACGAUGAUGAAUAAUUUUAUAGUUAGGAAAAAUAAUUAUAUAGGUAUGUGUGUGUAUUCAUUUUAUUUAUAUUUAUCUUCUUAAUUUGUGACGUGUGUACUUCAUUUUUUUCUAAUAUCUGUGAUAUGUUGUAUUAAGUUAAAGACUGUUUAUUAUUUAUAGUUAUU